ACAACAGCAGGUGGCUUGGAGACCUUGGAUGGAAAGAAGCUGCACCCUAACAUCUCUCCUGACCAGCCCUCCAGAAGAAUUCACCUCUCUGGGGGUCUCCCAUGAAAAUGUGGACUCCCUUCCUCCUGAGCUGCCUGCUCUACACCCUGGGGAUAGUGGCACAACCGAGGUACCUGAUCGUCAUUCCAGCUGCACUGCCCUACCCCUCUUCCCAGAGGGUGUGCUUGGACCUCCGGGGGGUGGAGAAGCCUAUUCGUGUGGCCUUAACUCUUGUGCAUCCAUCUGGCAACCUCAGCCUCUACCGCAAGGUCAUCCAGAACAACUGGAUCUUCGAGUGCUCCAAAUUUCAGGUCCCCCAACCUGCAGGCAGCCAGGAGGUGGGCACUGUCCACCUGCGCAUCUCCAAUGGCCACUACUUCAGUGCAAAUGAAGAGAAGCAAGUCCUGAUCCACAGGGCUGGCACAGGCACCUUCAUCCAGAUGGAUAAACCCAUCUAUAACCCAGGACAGACAGUGAAAUUCCGGAUCGUGACAUUGACCCAAGAUUUUGCUCCCGUUAACAGCAAGUAUGCUGUGGUGGAAGUCCAGGACCCAAGCCAAAACCGCAUUGGCCAGUGGCUGGAUGUGAGACCAAAACAGGGAAUUGCAGAUCUCUCUUUCCAGUUAGCUGCCGAACUCUCUCUGGGGACUUACACCAUCAAUGUGGUGAACCCAAAAGUGUCCAGUACCUUUAAGGUGGAGGAACGUGUGUUGCAGAAGUUUGAUGUUUUCUUUGAGGGACCAGAUCACAUUUAUGCUUUAGAUAAAACUUUCCCACUGCGUGUGUGUGGCAGGUACAGCUAUGGGAAAGCAGUGCAAGGGACGGUGUGGGUCACUUUGUGCCAGAAGGCACGGAGGCAUCCUCAAAAUGCCAGCAAGGACAUCUGUAGGGAAUACAGUGGUCCGACCAUGAGCAAGGGGUGCUUCACCCCUUCUAUAAGCAUGUCAGCCUUCAACCUGGCUCCCAGCGAGGCAGAUAGCAAGCUCUAUGCAGAAGCCUCUCUCCUGGAGAUGGGCUCAGGGGUUCAGAUCAAUGCUUCCAGCCAAAUCCUCAUCUCCAGGACAGCUCCAAGGGCAGUGUUUGAGACACCAAAUGCAUACUACAUCCCUGGAGUACCGUACAGGGGGAAGAUUAAGCUUCAGGAUCACUAUGGAAAUGGUAUGAAAAAUAGAAAAGUUUAUCUCGUUAUAAAGUUCAUGAGGCGUCGGUUUAUCAAAACAUACAUCACAGAUGACAGUGGAAUAGCGUCGUUCAACCUGGACACAACUGCCUGGAACAGCUCAUCAGUCUCUUUGGAGGUCACUGGAAAGACUGGAAUUGUUGUCAGAGGCCAGAGGAGUGUCCAAGUUGGAAAGCUGAACAGUAAGUCUAUGGCAGUUAGACAACAGGAAACAGUUGCACGCAGUGGGUUUCCAGUGUUGAAGGGCUCCUUCUCCAUCCCUUUGACCUUCACUGCUGACUUCACCCCAUCACCUUCCUUAGUGGUGUAUACCAUCUUUCCCAAUGGAGGGGUAGCAGCUGACAGCAUUCGUUUUGAUGUUGCCUUGUGCUUUGAAAACCAGGUCAAGGUAGGAUUUCCAGCUAAAGAAGCUCAUCCAGGGUCAACAGUGCAGCUCCAACUGCAGGCAGCCCCUGGCUCCCUGUGCGCAGUACAGGCAGUGGAUGAAAACAUGUUCCUUAUGAGACCAGAAAGUGAGCUAACAAGCCAAAUGGUCUAUGGUUUGUUCCCUGCUGCCUACCAACAUGGAUACCCUGCCCAAGUAGAAGAGCAUUCAGAUCACUGUGUUCAGCCCCAGUCCAUGUCAUCUCUGCUACGAGGGAGGCCAGAACAUUCCUUUCAGCCUGACAUCUUUAACCUCUUCCGGAACAUGGGGCUGAAAAUCUUCUCAAACCUUGCAAUCAAGAAGCCAUCUCAGUGUUUUCAUCGGGCAGAUAGGAAGCUGACCAUAGUAGGGCCUUCUACAGAAGACCAAAGAAUCACUAAGGAACAACCUCAAUUUAGAACCCAGGGAGGACUGCACCAUUAUUUUCCUGAAACUUGGAUCUGGAAUCUGUACUCUGUUGGCUCCAACGGUAGCAGGACUGUCCUGGUCACAGCACCUGCUACUGCCACAGAGUGGAAAAUCAAGAUGUUCUGCUUGGCUGGGAGGGGAUUUGGCCUUGCCCCAUCCACAAGCCUCAGAACGAUCCAGCCCUUCUUUGUGGAUGUGACAGUACCAUAUUCUGUCAUCCGAGGAGAGACCUUCGCGCUGAAAGCUAGUGUCUUCAACUACCUGCAGCAGUGCAUACAGAUCCAUGUGGCCCUGGCUAAAUCCUCAGACUUCCAGGUGGAGCCAUGCCGGACCUGCAGGGACAAGGAGUGUCUGUGUGCAGAGGAAUCCAAGACCUUCACAUGGAAUGUGACAGCAGUCCAGCUGGGGACUCUGAAUAUCACAGUGAGGAUAGAGGUACUGGACACGACAUCACGGUGUGGAGGCAGGAAGCCCUUGCCAGCAACCAUGAGGCGGAGGCAUAUGCUAGUCAAACACUUGCUGGUCCAGCCAGAAGGUGUGUUAGUGGAGAAGUCUUACAGCUUUCUUCUGUGCCCGAGAGGAGGAAACAUGGCUGAAGAACUUGUGUCCCUUCGCCUCCCUGACAAUGUAGUAAAGCAAUCUGCCAGGGCUUCCAUUUCCAUCUCAGGUGACCUCAUGGGGACGGCACUGCAGAACCUGGACCGUCUGGUGCAGAUGCCCCACGGCUGUGGGGAGCAGAACAUGGUGCUGUUUGUCCCCAUUGUCUAUGUGCUGCAGUACCUGGAGAAGACGAGGCAGCUGACCCCUGAGAUCAAGGAGAGGGCAACAAGAUUCCUGCGCAAUGGGUACCAGAUGCAGCUGCUUUAUAGGCACAGAGAUGGGUCCUACAGUGUCUUUGGGCAGCAGGAUGGGGAAGGGAACACUUGGCUGACAGCUUUUGUAGUCAAGAGUUUCAGCCAAGCCAGAAAAUACAUCUAUAUAGAUGACAAGAACAUCCAGGAUGCCCUACGCUGGCUAGAGCAAAACCAGCUCCCCAGUGGCUGCUUUGCCACCAAAGGGAGCCACUUUCACUCCUCCCUAAAGGGCAGCAUGGAUGAUGGAAUCUCCCUGGGGGCGUAUGUUGCUGCAGCACUGCUGGAGCUGGGUCAGCCACUGAAGGGCAAACUGGUGCAAACUACCCUCCGCUGCCUGCAGCAGGUGGUUCACAACGUCACCAACAUCUACACCGAAGCUGUGCUGGCCUAUGCCUUUGCCCUGGCUGGGGACUAUGAGACAACCCAGGAGCUGCUGUACAAAUUGGAGGAACAGGCCAUCAAAUCAGAGGGACAAAUCCACUGGAGCCCCAAGCCAAGCUCUCUGGCUUCCACAGAUAUCUGGCCUGGUUCCCAGUCAGUGGACAUAGAGUUGACAGCCUACGUGCUCCUGGCAUACCUCUCUAAGCCACGGGUGCAUGCAGGUGACAUGACAACUGCAGCUGGUAUUGUGGCGUGGCUGACCCGUCAGCAGAAUGCUUAUGGGGGCUUUGCCUCCACCCAGGACACAGUUGUUGCCUUGCAAGCCUUAGCAAAAUACGCAGAAAGGACAUUCAGCAUAUCAGGUCAGGCGCUGGUGAGGGUGAAGUCCCAGAGGGGUUUCAGGAAGGCUUUCCAAGUCAACCGCCAGAAGCGGCUGCUGGUGCAGCAGGCAGCACUGACGGAGGUCCCAGGGCAGUUCCUGGUGCAGGUCCACGGCAGCAGCUGCGUCUUCACUCAGACAGUGCUGAGGUACCAUGAGCCUUCCCCACGGGCUGUUGUAACCUUCACUUUGCGUGUCAACACAGAGCUGACCAACUGUAGCCAGGCCAAUGCGCAUGUCCUCACCGUCCGCAUCCUUGCCAGCUAUGUUGGGAGCAGAGUCACAUCCAACAUGGUGAUUGUGGAGGUCUCCCUGUUAUCUGGAUUCAUCCUGGCUCCCAGAUCCAGGAUAUUGCUGGAGCACAGAACCAUUGUUAAGAAAAUAGAAGUGAAAGCUGAUGUGAUCUACAUUUAUCUGGAGAAGCUGAGUGAUGAAUCUCAGACUUUCAUUCUGCAACUGGAACAAGUAAUUCAGAUGAAGAACCUGAAACCAGCCAGCAUCAAAGUUUAUGAUUACUACCAGCCAGAGGAGCGAGCCUCGGCUGACUACAGUGCUGCCUGUAGUUGAGGUUAGACGCUGGAUGGAAGGAGGUGCCCCAGCUGGGACACAGCCCACAUUAAAGUUGAGCCCA